AUGCAAAUCUUUGUCAAGACACUGACGGGAAAGACCAUCACUCUCGAAAAUGUGAAAGCUAAGAUCCAGGACAAAGAGGGUAUCCCUCCGGAUCAGCAGCGUCUUAUCUUUGCCGGGAAGCAGCUCGAGGAUGGUCGUACUCUUUCCGACUAUAAUAUUCAGAAGGAGUCAACACUUCAUCUCGUCUUGAGACUACGAGGUGGCAUGCAAAUCUUUGUCAAGACACUGACGGGAAAGACCAUCACUCUCGAAGUUGAGCCAAGCGACUCAAUCGAGAAUGUGAAAGCUAAGAUCCAGGACAAAGAGGGUAUCCCUCCGGAUCAGCAGCGUCUUAUCUUUGCCGGGAAGCAGCUCGAGGAUGGUCGUACUCUUUCCGACUAUAAUAUUCAGAAGGAGUCAACUCUUCAUCUUGUUUUGAGACUGCGCGUUGUCUACGUCUUGGUUUUACAACAGGGUACCUUGUGGUCAUGA